AUGGGAGAGCAAAAACUGGUCCUCUUCUGGACCAUGGACUGGUUCCCGUACGAGGCCGCCUACCCGCUGGCGGCGCUCCGCCAGCCGCGCUGCUCGCUGCCCUGUCGCUUCACGCCGCAGCGCGAGCGGCUCAAUGACAGCGACGUCGUCGUCUUCCACGCCUUCUUCGUCGACCUGGCGGCGCUGCCGGCGCGGCGCGCGGGCCAGCGGCGUGCACUCUGGAACCUCGAGCCGCCGCCGCACACCAAGCUGGUAGCCUGGUUCGUGUCCAACUGCGCGCCCGGCGGGGGACGGAUGAGCUACGUGCGCGAGCUGCAGCGCCACGUGCACGUGGACGUUUACGGCGCGUGCGGCGAGCUCACGUGCGGCACGCCUGGCGCCGCUUCGCCCGACUGCUACAACAUGCUGGAACGCGACUACUUCUUCUAUCUGGCCUUCGAAAACAGUCUGUGCGCUGACUACGCCACGGAGAAGCUCUUCAACGUGCUGCGGUACGACGUGGUGCCGGUGGUGUUCGGGGGCGCGGCGUACCAGCGCCUGGCGCCACCGGGCGCCCUGGCGCUGCGGAUGGUGCAGCUGGCCUCUGAGCCCACCGCCUACCUGGCCCACCUGCGCUGGAGGGGCUCGCGUGUGCUAGUGCACGACCCCGCCGCCUGGGCCUGCGAGCUGGACAUCGUGGACUGGCACGGCAUUCUGGGCCGCUGCCAGAGGUACGAUGGCGGUGGACGCCUCGGCGCCCUCUUCUGGUGA